AUGGAAGUCGACUUUUAUGGAAAACCAAUGAGACAUCACAAAUUCAUUUGUCUCACAACAAAAAUAAGGGAAUUAAAAAAGCUUUACAAGAUUCUCUACGAUAGUUCUGAGUUCAUAAAUGGAUCAGUUGGUGUGACCAUUUUAACAAUUAUGCUUAUCGUUGUGGCCUUAAUUACGGCUUCUGGAUAUUGGUUGUUCAUUAUAAUAAUUAGAAAAGAGUCGAUUGAUAAAGUCAGUGGUGCAAUGUUCGCGGUAUUUACAAGUUUUCUUACUUUAAUUAUCAUCACGUUUAACUGCAGCAAUUGUGAAAAAUAUAUGAAAGAUCUGUUGGAUUCUAUUGACAAGUUCGAGUGUGAAAGUUUCUACGACAUUGAUGAAGUUAGCUUUGAUAUGUUACUGAAAUUUUAUAAGCAGCUUUCAAUUGAACCAAUGAAAUUCACAACUGCGGGCUUAUACAACAUAAAUCUUAAACUUUGGUCGUCGGAAUUAUUUCCUACCUAA